UCUUAUUGAAUGGUCGAGAGAGAAGGAGAGAAGGUUGAGCUCUGCCAGCCAAUCAGCUCUCACUCACAGCUGAUAGGCACCACUGACUGACCAAUCAGAGUGUGUAUGUGUGAGGGGCGUGGCUUGUGUUCCAGCAGGGUUACUAUACUGCGGUGGGCAGGACUUGAGUGUUGGAGUGGCAGUGAUGUGAGCGGGCGAUCAUAGAGAGAGAGAGUGUGUUGUGUGAUUCUGCUGCGCGUCUCUCUCACUGCAGCUGUGCAUGCGACCGUAUGCAUGCAUGUGUGUGUGUGUCGAUGCAUGCGACUGUUCUUCAAACAGCGCUCUGUGAAUUCACAGCAUCACCGCAGGAUUCUGCGCAUCUGUUGCCGUGGUGAUGGGCUGCCGACUGUCACGGCCGUGGAUGAGUGACAGCAUUGGGGUUCAUGGUCGGGAUUUGACGCACCUGCAGAACCGCGAGGCCUUUCGUAUCCUGGCCAGUUAUGAGCAGCCAAUCACGCUUCAGAUUGAGGGGCGGAGGGGGCAGAGCCUGCAGUAUAACAGGACGACGGACUGCAGCACGCAGACGGAGCGAUUGUGGGAUCCUCUUCGAGCGCACUCCUGUACCUUACCACACCUGCCUAAUGCGGACAGGACGUACUACAAUCACAUGACUCUGCCAGGUAACCGUAGAGAAGGAAGCAGGUACGAAUACCUGCCCAACACACCCAGAGACCUGGAGCACAGAGAACGCCUGUCCUACAACGACCCAGAGUUCUCGAAUGGCGUUUCUCAGGGACAAAACUGUCUGAUUGGAUGCUGCAAUGCGAAUCCAGAUGAACCCAGAAGCUUCCAGAGUCAGACUGAUGACGAUGACUACAUGAUGGAGAAACCCAUCGGUUAUCUGCCCCUCCACCACGAGCUGGACAGCGGUCUCGGCUGGACAGAUGGCAGUUUCCACCAGGGCGAGCUGUCAGGGGUGGAGACGGAGGAGGGGCUUGAUGAAUGCCACGUCCACGCAGGGGGAGGUUCACCUUCAUCUGAAUCCUUUAUCUCAUCGGAACUGAGCGACUCAGGAUUUUAUAGCGUCAGUACUGGAGAGUUUCUGCGAUUCCAGCGACUGCUAGAGAAACGCAUGCGCCAUUACAAUGCUCGCAUGCACCACCAGGGGGAGCCGUCUUCCCGCGAACGCCGAGACAGCCAAAUAAAACACCGCGAGUUGGAGGCCAUCCCUGAGGCGCUAACGGUGCAGCCUCAAAACCUCUGCAUACCCGCAGUUCCGGGGUCGCGAGGUUUGUCCCGAGUGUCAUCCGUGCAGUACCGCAAAGAGGAGCGACCGUGUUUGAACAGACAUAGCUCAAGCAGUGGCUCGCUGUUCAGUCCCGCUAUGCACUCUACGUGCAGUACCCCAUCUGGCCAGCGGAGGCCACUGCCACAUCGAAGCUCUGCAGGAAUGCUGAGAAGAAGCAGGACAUUGCAUCACCAUCCUGCAUCCAUGGAGCACCGCAGGCGGGCGAGUCACCCAGCAUCACCCAACUACUGCAGUGCAACGCUGCAUCACUGCAGCCACACAAUCGACCUUCCAAUGGAGCUACCUGAAGAACCGAAUGUCACCAUGUUGCACAGUAUGGGGCACCUGGCACACCCUGCUCUCGCCGCACAGACUGCACGCACUACACACGCUACACAUAUGAUGAGUCAACCGUCAUUGGUAUGUCCAAUUGACGACCACUGCUGCGUUCCGCCUCCAAAUUUUCAAGACAACAACAGGAUGCGAGCAUCAACUGAACCCCAGCUACAGCAGAACUUUGUGAACGAGCAGGCGCCCAGCCGACAACGAGACGUGCGAUUCCACACCUUGAGUCACACGCCCAGUCAGGACGCCAACGAUACCUGGCCUAAACCCGCCAACCGCCUGGGCGCAGGGGGUGGAGGCGGUCUCUACAGCACUCUAGAGGGACACAUGCCCACUGCAGCCACCCGGAAAACAGCUAGCGGAAACAUGCGGGCAGUUCGAAACCAGAUGUUACGAGAUCGAGCAUCCCGUCUGGCGGAUGAGCGUAGCGGCAUGAGUACGGAUGAGGAAAGCCACACCGACGUCCGUAUGGGUCGAUAUUGGAGUCGCACUGAACGCCGUGAGCAUAUGCUGCAGAAACAGCGACAGCAGCUGGCCAGAGGGGGCGUAGCUGUUACCGGAUUGGUGCAUGGGGGCGGGAUCAUUGGAGGAACUAACAUAGAUAACAGUUAUAGUACAGUUCUCGAGCUGAGCCAGCGGAAACUAAGUCGUCUGAGGAACCGAAAGGUGCUUGACGACUGGACCACUGUAGAGGAACUUCUAACCCACGGAACUCGGCUCGGUGCCAGCGAAGACGCCCUACAGCUGCCCACAUCUUUACUCACCGUCACAACUGUAUAGCAACACUCCCUGAGUGUGUGUUCAGAUGUAUGUGUGUUUGUGUUUUGGAUCUGCCCGCACUACACAAAGCUACCUCCUGAAAUUGAGGUUAACUGUAGAUACAAACGUUUCCACGGUAGUAAAUUGAUUUGUAUAUUUGCAGUAUCUGGUUUUGCAUUGUGUUGUAAAGAGACAUUUCAUUACAGAGCGAAAUUACCACAGUUGGAUUCGACCGCAUGAAGCAAUACAACAUAGAUGCCGAUACCAGACAAACUAAAUUUCAUUUGGUGCAAGCGUAUUUUUUUGCUGUUGUUGUUGUAAAAAAGAACGAAAAUUUUCGUUAUGGAUAAUUUAAAGUGGUGCUUACAUUUAAUUUAAUUUAUUUAAAAAUAAAUUGCAGUUAGCCUAUACACCCCAUCCAGAUGACAUCACUUUUGCACAAAAUACGAAAUUCUCUCUGACUGUCUUCCGCUAGCUGAGCGAAUUUACGGAGUGUAAACAGCCCCUCUUUUCAAUGACGAAUCUGAUAUUACGGGAAUGAUAUUGCAUAAUCUAAUGAUGGAUUGUGAGUCAGAUAUGCAGUGGCCAAUGAUCGGGUGUGCAGAGUUAGGGUAAGGGUUAGGUCUGACCCUAACCUAACCCUACGCUGGAGAUUAGGCAGCAGAACGUGAGUGUAUGUUGUGAAGUGUGUGGGUUCUUGCACUAUAACUGUAGUCCUGUAGAGUAUUUUUAAAGCUAUUUUUCUUGUGCUCUUCACAAUUGAUGUCACAAAAAGAAACAAAGAUGUUUUUUAAAGACUAAAAGAAUCACGUUAGCAGCUGUAAAACUGUUUGUCGAGCCAGAUGGUGCACUGAACUGUUUGUUUUGUUCUAAUGUGCAAUUUUUUCAGAUAUUUUUAGUGCACCGUUAAGCAAACCAGGGGGAUUCAUUCAUGACACAUGAGCAUGAAUGAGGCCAAAUUAUUUUCCAAAGUAGAAGGUGAACAAGUAUUUGUGUCCGCGAGGGAUGUUUGCGCUAUCAGGAUUUUCCCCACCUGCACUAUUUUUGGUGCACAAGCACUGGAGUGUUUACAAUUUUCCUUCACAACUGUGACUCUAUGCGAUACAUCUCUUUCGCUCUCCUUCAUUUCCGAGGUAAAAUCACGUCAUUUUCACCGUGAAUCAAGCGCUGUGAAUAAUGGAUGUGAACGGAUGGACCAUCUUCCUGUGCGACGCACGGAUUAACGGAGCUCUGCUUCUCCCAUCGAGUUUCCCCUUUUAGAAAUGAUUUUCUUGGAAUAUGAUGUACAUGUGCUUGUAAUAAAGAUGAGAUUUUAAUUAGCUACUCCUUGAAGUGUGUGUGGGUUUUUUGUAAUGUGGCCCUUAUUAAAGUGGGUGUUUGGAGUUUAGUGGCCCUCCGGUGAAAUCUUUCAUGAAAGUAAUAUUACUCUAACCCUUUCAUUAAAUCCAGAAACUGACGGUACAUUUGUUUUAAUUGAGCAAGUGAAGUGUGUUAAAUGUGCACUGAACUAGACAAUCAGUGAAUCUCAGUUCCAGCACAUUUUCACUAAUGUUUUAAAAUUAUUAUUGGUUAAAGAUUUAUAAAAAUCAUCAUUUAGAUGCACUUACAAAGAGCAAUUUCUAGCAAAUAAAAUAUUUUAGAGCUGAGCAUAUGUAAAUGUAUUUUGACUAUAGAUAGUCUUUGAGCCCUGAACUUGAAUGUGGAAAUCGUGGUGAAUUAUACAUAAAUAAAUCUUUGCCUCGAUUAUUUAACAAAUUAUAUUUUCUUAACCCUUGUGCGACCUUCGGGACAUUUUUGUCUUUUUCAUUUUCAUUUUUUUGAUCAUUUUGUCUGUGUUAAUGCCAACGGCAUAAAUGUUGCCAAAGGUGUGUAUUUUUGGGGGGAAUUUUGAUAUUUCAACCUCUGUUCCUAUAAUACACUGUGUACACAAAAUAGUUACACUCAGGACCUUCCGGACAAAAAUGUCCCCAUUGAAACCCAUUAAAACGGCAAUAUUUGAUCCCAGUGCCAUUAAAGCAUAAGAUCAUGAAUUCUAUGAUAUUAUGCUUUCAUUCCGGAGCCCCGAGUUCAAAAUGUACGUUUAAUAUUUUCCACCAGAUGGCGCCAUUUUUCUCAUGUUUAGCCUAUGGAGCAAAUACAAGCUUUUCCCCUAUUUUCUGUAUUAUAGAGCACUGCAGGACAAUGAAUAAAUGAUGCAGGUAAAAUUGUGAGUGGGUGUGUUGGUAUGGAUGUCAGAGUGUGUUUUGUAUGUGUGUAUUGAGAAAUGUGUGUGUACGUGUGUGUGAGAGAGAGAGAGAGAGUGUAAAAAACAACAGUGGCAUUAUGUAAACAAACUGGCAUUUAAAGGGUUAAAAUCCUGACAAUAAAUGAAUAUUUGGUCGUUAUGAUCAGGACUGAUGCUAGUUAAAAAAAUUAACCCAUUGAAAGUGAAAAUAAUAUUAAUAUAUAAAAUUAUGGCAGUUUUGUUACAUGGAUAUUUUUGUCCUCUAAGCUGGGGUUUUCAAACUUUUUAAUCCCAAGGACCCCCAAAUAUGAUGAUUCCAUGCAGGGGACCCCCCUUGCCUACAAUAUAAAGGCACCAAUGUAUUUUUGUGUAAAUAAUUUUAUAUAAAGACAUACUGCAAUUAAUAUUACAAUAAACGUACCUCUGAAAUGCUGUUUCAAUAACAAUUUUAUUUUAUUAUUUGACAACUCACUAUAGCCAAACAUACUUCUCACAAUUAACAAUUUUCUGUAGCUUCUGUAAUUUUAUUUUUCUGAAAAUGUUUACAAUAUUUACAUUAACUGAACAGGGUACCUUUUUUUCACAGUAUUAAGGCACCGGUAGAUGAAAAGUUAAAUCUGAAGGGCAGCACUUGCAUUACAAACAUGUACAUCAAACCAAACCACAUUCACUGAAUUAUGGGAUGGAUGAGCCUGGAGGCUUCUACAGUUUGUCAAUCACGAAACCAUACGUAGAUUUGGUUAUUAACAUCUUUAGGUUAAAAAAUGGUGUAAAGAAUGAUCUUUUUUUCUGUCGUUUUGGAUCCGUUUGAAAACCCCUGCUAUAAGGACCUCCGAGUAACUAUUAUAAAAUUGACAAGGGUUAAUUCAUGUUUAUCCUACUCUUAAUAAGGACACACAGUGCAAAAUCCUAUUUUCGUAUCUUCUUGUUGUGUAGUAAAAAUAUUAAAACACCCAUAAACUUGCUGUUUAACAGUAAUGUAUAAUUAGUGUCGGUAUUUAAGCACAGACUGGCACAAUCACAGACUUCAUAUCCGUUCCUCCGGAGCAGUUCACAUGAUCCUUCAAGCGUGUUUUUCGCUUUGUCUGAUCUGAAUCUCUGAACUUUAAAUGUUCCUAAAACACUAGAACACAAAAUGGAAUCCAACAAUAGAAAAGAGCAAAAUGGAACCGAAUUACAGAAAAAUGUGUUUCUUCAACUCAUUUAAAGAUCUUUGGCGACACCUGCUGGACAGACACAGUUACUGCACGACACAAAACUCAUCAGCAUCUUAUUUUCAUCUCAUCAUCAACUGAUUCAUUUUAUUUCAGGAAUGUUUUUGACACGCUGUAAAGAAAACAUUUCUUAAUCAGUAUCUUCCGUCUUGUAAAAAUAUCUAAAAUAUCUAAACAACCUUAAAACAAGAUCCAAAUACUUGAGAAUAUAUCUUGAAUUAAGUUUUCACUCGCGUAUGUUUUUACAAAAUUACAAAAUUCAGUGGGGUUUAUGCUUUAAAAAGAACAAACAGCAAGUAAAAUAAUAUAUUUUCUGAACAAGUCUUAUUAUGUUACACAAUUUUGCUUGUCAAGUAAAUGUCACAGAUAUUUUUUUAAUGGAAAACAAGACAGAAAUACUGAUUAGGAAAAUAAAUUCUUUGCAGUGCAGCUUAAAAAACAUGUUUGUGCCAAAAAACAAAAAAACUGGUUUAAUAUAUAUAUAUAUAUAUAUAUAUAUAUA